AAAGCCUUCACAGGGGGGCUAGUAAAGGAUGGGUGAGGGAAAGGACGUGGUUCUCUGUCACCAGAAAAAGUACCUCUGCUCAAUUUUUUCCACUUACAGUCAGCCCUACCAUGACGCCCCCCAAUAGUGCACACGAGAACUGACCACUGAAUGACAAUAUAUAAACUCCAUGAAAGGGGGCUCAUGUUAAUCACUUUCUUCUCAGGCUUGAUGAAGAAGCCGCUAGCAAUGAAACUCCACGUCGCAGCUAUCCUGGUCAUCUUUUGGCUUGGCGUCUUCACUGUGAACACAGUGAGAGGGAGCGCUGGAAGUCAGCCCAUGCGCAAAUUUGCAUGUGUGAGUCUAUCCACACAGAAACUGGACAUCAGAAAGCUUGUCAACUAUGAAAAGCAACAAGUUCCAGUAAACGCUGUCAUGUUUAUCACUGCAAAAGGCAUCAAGAUCUGCGUACACCCUCAACAGAAAUGGGUACAGGCUGCUAUAAAGAAAAUAGACCAGAAACGUAGCACCAAAGGCAAAUAAUCCUGUCCUAGGAAAGCAUCUAAGGCCAACAAAAUGAAAUCAGCAUCAGUCCUGCCCAUAACAGGGAAGAAAGCCUGAGCAUCUGCUUGUAACUCCUAUUUAUUAAUUAGCAAUAAAAUCUCUGAACAAACAUGAACUCAUCAUAAUCUAUUCAUCACUAGCCGAAUGUUGAAUGUGGCUUCUUCAUUUUAUAGCUGGACUCUGUUACGCUGUUUAUUUACUGAAAUGCUUACCAAUGAUUCUUUACAACUGAAUGUAGACAUCUUAUAUGUGGCUUAAAGUCCCUUGCUGUUCUGACCAGUAUGGCACUUUGUGGUGAGUAGCAGACUGGUUCAUAUGCUAUGAAAGAAGAUGACCUCCCAUGGAGUUGUAUCAGGGUGUAGACCAAUGCUGAUGGAGAUCAGCAUGUUCUGCAUUGAGUGCUUGGCUUUGAAAAGAUUCUUGAUAAUUUAAUGGUUACUCAUAACUAUAUAAGCUACAAGUAAAGUAAUCUCAUGCAUCAGGGCAUUACCUGACCAGUGCAAUAUUCAGAAGGAAAUCCUUGGCCCUUCUACUUCUAUACAUAGUAUUGCACUAUUAGUUCUAACUUCAGUCAACUAUGAUGCAUAGAUACUCUCACUAAGGGAUGACCUUGAGCAAUUCAGGCUGACUAUGAAUGUAACUCUAUAUUCAGUUGUGUACUGGGGAAGACUUAUUCUGCACCCUGACUUCUGUGAAGUUACUUCUGUUUCACCUUCAUGUGAGAUAGACCUGAACCAAAUGCUUUAUUUUGUCUUUUGCUUUUCUCUGAAUAAUCAAGUACAAACCAUGGCUGGAAGCAAGAGUCUCUUUCACAAAAUCAUGGUGAUUCCCUGGCUUAGAAAACUAAGUAUAUUUGAUGUAAACAUCUAUUAUAUUUUUUUAAGUAAGUUCUACUAAUAGAAGGUUCUGAAUAUUAAUAAAGUUAUU